AUGUCCGGCGCCCGCUGCCGGACCUUGUACCCCUUCUCCGGGGAGCGGCACGGCCAGGGGCUGCGCUUCGCCGCGGGCGAGCUGAUCACGCUGCUGCAGGUCCCGGACGGCGGCUGGUGGGAAGGCGAGAAAGAGGACGGGCUCCGCGGCUGGUUCCCGGCGAGCUACGUGCAGUUGCUGGAGAAGCCUGGAAUGGUUCCCCCUCCGCCAGGAGAGGAAAGCCAGACCUUCGUCCUUCCACCUGGCUGGCAAAGCUACUUGUCUCCUCAGGGCCGGCGUUACUAUGUCAACACGACCACCAAUGAGACCACCUGGGAACGUCCCAGCAGUUGUCCUGGGAUUCCAGCCAGCCCUGGCCCUCACAGGAGCUCUCUGCCUCCAGCAGUGAAUGGAUACCACGCGUCAGGGACCCCAGCGCACCCCGCAGAGACUGCCCACAUGAGUGUCCGAAAAUCCACCGUUGAUUCCCAGAAUCUGGGAUCCUCGUCACCAGGCAAAAAGCAAAGCAAGGAAAACACCAUCACAAUAAACUGUGUGACGUUCCCUCACCCAGACAUGAUGCCGGAACAGCAGCUGCUGAAACCAACUGAGUGGAGCUACUGUGACUACUUCUGGGCUGAUAAGAAGGACUCCCAAGGCAACGGCACCGUGGCUGGGUUUGAACUACUGCUUCAGAAACAACUGAAGGGCAAACAGAUGCAGAAGGAAAUGUCAGAAUUCAUCCGGGAAAGGAUAAAGAUUGAAGAAGAAUAUGCAAAGAACUUAGCUAAGCUCUCUCAGAACUCCUUGGCUGCACAGGAGGAAGGCUCCCUGGGAGAAGCGUGGGCCCAGGUGAAGAAGAGCCUUGCAGAUGAGGCAGAAGUUCACCUCAAGUUCUCUGCCAAGCUUCACAGCGAGGUAGAGAAGCCCCUGAUGAACUUUAGAGAGAACUUCAAGAAAGACAUGAAAAAGUGUGACCACCACAUUGCUGACCUGCGCAAGCAGCUCGCCAGCCGCUACGCUGCGGUGGAGAAGGCCCGGAAGGCGCUCACAGAGCGACAGAGAGACCUGGAGAUGAAGACCCAGCAGCUGGAGAUCAAGCUGAGCAACAAGACGGAGGAGGACAUCAAGAAGGCGCGGAGAAAGUCCACACAGGCUGGAGACGACCUCAUGCGCUGUGUGGACCUCUACAACCAGGCCCAGUCCAAGUGGUUUGAAGAGAUGGUGACCACCACAUUGGAGCUGGAGCGGCUGGAGGUGGAGAGGGUGGAGAUGAUCCGGCAACAUCUGUGCCAGUACACACAGCUGCGGCAUGAGACAGACAUGUUCAACCAAAGCACAGUCGAACCUGUGGAUCAACUGCUUCGAAAAGUGGACCCAGCCAAAGACAGGGAGCUGUGGGUCAGAGAGCAUAAAACGGGCAGCAUCCGCCCUGUUGACAUGGAGAUCUAG